UGUGUUGUUGUAAACUUGUAAUGUGAUGAGAUUAUCUCUCGCCGGCAAAAUUCUGAGAAUCAUGUCCGUAUUUGCUCACAAUUGGCCCCAAGAAGCUGUCCGAAGCCUCACUUCAGCAAUUGGGUUCAUUGUUUUUGCGUUACUGGAUUUGUUGGAUUCCCUUCUCUGCAUUUUUUACAGUUUAAUUGAUGGGCUCCUGGAAGUAAACACCUCCUCUUGUUACUGCCAGGACAGGGGAGAACAGAGGACGAACGUGAAUGGGGAUAAAGAAGCUGAGAUUUCAGAAACUUUGUAUAGGAGGAAAAAUAUUUCCAGGGAUUUAGGCCUUCCAAUGUUGAGAGCAAAGAGGGUGGAUUCCAUUAAGAAAGGAAGUUUAGUGGUGAAUAGGUGGUCAGACUGCAAUUGUGAAUCUUGUGUUUCAUGGCAGCUCAAUGGAGAUCAGAAACUUCAUGUUGUUGUCAGAGAGCCCUCACCAGCUACCAAUGAAGACAGCAAGGGAAAGCCAGCUGAAAAUGUGAUUUUCUUACAUGGGUUUCUAUCCUCUUCCUCCCUUUGGAUUGAAACAGUAUUUCCAAAUCUCUCUGAACCUGCAAAGCAGAGCUACAGAUUGUUUGCUGUAGAUCUCCUAGGUUUUGGAAGGAGCCCGAAACCACGGGAUUGUCUUUACACGUUGAAAGACCACUUGGAAAUGAUCGAGAAAUCUGUAAUUGAUCGGUUUCAGUUGAACUCUUUCCACUUGGUUGCCCACUCCAUGGGAUGUAUAAUUGCUUUGGCCUUGGCAGCAAAAUAUCCGAAGUCUUUGAGGUCAAUUACACUGAUAGCACUGCCUUACUUUCCCUCAUCCGAGGACAAUGCGAGCUUAACUGCACUCAAUAGACUUGCUGGGAAGAAAUUGUGGCCACCAUUGCUUUUUGGUUCUUCAGUCAUGUCAUGGUAUGAACAUGUUGGAAGAAGCAUCUGCUUCCUUGUCUGCAGAAACCACCGGAGAUGGGAAUGGAUUCUUAAGCUGCUAACUAGAAGGGACCCGCAUUUCAUGGCUGUGGACUUGACCAGGCACACCCAUCACUCAGCCUGGCACACAAUGCACAAUGUUAUAUGUGGAGGAGCAAAGCUAAUGGAUGAAUACUUGGAAGCUCUGAACAAGUCGGGUGUGUCAGUUACAAUCAUCCAAGGAGACAAAGACCAGGUGGUUCCAUUUGAGUGUAGCCACAAUGUGAAGCUUAAAGUUCCACUUGUGGAGGUUAAGACCAUCUCUAAUGCAAAUCACACAACUGUAAUUACGGGUAGAGAAAAGGAAUUUAUGAGGGAGUUGGAACAAAUAUGGCAUUUUUGUGGGAAAUAAAAAUUGUAAAAUGGAUGUGCUCAGAAAGAUGGUUAGUACUUGGUACCAUCUGGCCUCAACUUGAAGGUGCAUAAUUCAAUUAUUCAAAUUAUUUGUAUUCAAUUUU